GAGCAACUCAACACCGAAGAGAUCGCUGGCUGACGCUCUCCCGUCUCUCACCCACACACCCUCUGCAGGUGAGAACACAAGAGCAACUCAACACCGAAGAGAUCGCUGGCGGACGCCCCCGUCUCUCACCCACAUACCCUCUGCAGGUGAGAACACAAGAUCCACUUUAAGCUGAGCCACGAUAAGACGCCAUCCUCCUAUAGUGAUAUUGGAGCCUGCGAAGCCUGUUGGAAUAAAAGUGUGUUUAGUUCAGAGCAGCAGCACUGUUGUCUGAGCCUCUCCUCUUCAGGCUCAGAAGAAUGGCCCUCAUCAGGAUCCUGAUUGCUGGGGGGCUGCUGAGCUGCGUCUACUCUCUCUGCUCCUCCAGAGGAACACCAGAGCCGUCUUUCAUGGUGACCUUUCCUGCCCUGAUAAGGUCAGGGUCAGAUGCCCAACUCUGUGCCAGCCUCCUGAGUCCAAAUGAGACUCUGCUCAUGUCCAUAUAUCUGACUAAUGGAGACGAGAAGGAGAAGAAGAAGAAGAUGAAGAGGCUUCUUCACCAGGAAACAUCAAACAAGAACUUUCACCGCUGUUUCCAGUUCCAGGCCCCUUCGGUAAAUACAGACUCUGUGCAGAAGAUCAAAGUGGAGGUCAAAGGCCAAACAUCUCACUGGACUAAAGAGAGUUCUGUUACGUUCAGACCAAAACCUGCUCCCAUCACCUUCAUCCAGACGGAUAAACCCAUAUACAGCCCAGGCCAAACAGUGCAUUUCAGAGUGGUCACCAUGGACACCAAUUUCAUUCCGCUCAGUGAAAAGUACAACCUGGUGUCACUAGUGGACAGCCGUCGCAACACCAUUGGCCAGUGGCUUAAUGUGACGUCACAGGGCAAGAUAGUGCAGCUCUCUCACGUGUUAAACUCAGAGGCUCCGCAAGGCGAAUACAUGCUGAGGGUAGAUGGUGAACACAGCGACGUAUCACAUCAAUUUCAAGUGAAAAAAUAUGUGUUGCCCAAGUUUGACAUUACGCUGAACACUCCAGAGAAGAUCAGUGUUGGUGCAGAAGAGGUCAGAUUGGUGGUGUGUGCAAAAUACACAUUUGGUCAGCCAGUACCAGGGAAGGCUUCCAUGUCAUUGUGUCGAGACGCUGACGAAACUGUUCCUCAAAAACCUUGUUCUGCUCCAUCAGUAGAGAUGGAUGAGUCUGGUUGUGCCUCUCAUGUCUUCAUCAUGUCAGUGUUUACACAACCUGACUUUGCUGAAAAACUAAGGAACAGUUUCACAUUCUCCGCCACAGUAACUGAGGAGGGAACAGGUAUCAGUCGAUCAGAGAGCAAAGACAUGCGGUUGGACUUCAACCUUGGGAAACUCACAUUUGUUGAUACACCAGAUGUGAUUGAGGACGGGGCAGUUAUGGAGGGCAAGAUCAAAGCGAUCCAUUACAAUGACACGGGCAUUGCUGACAGGACCAUCCAUUUGUUUAAAGGUCCGACGUGGAGCGCAGAACUCUUACUGAACCUGACCACAGGCUCUGAUGGAGUGGCCCAGUUCUCUCUCAACACGACUACUUUCACAGGAGACUUUGAGCUCAUCGCCAGCCUCUAUACAGACAUCGAUACAUACAGACCGUAUAAUACCCCACACUAUGACUCCGCUUCAAAGUCUGUGUCCAGACUGAGACCUGCAUCUUCACACACAGCUACAUCCAGCUCUGUGACCAUAAAGGCUAUAGAUGAGCCUCUUCAGUGUGACAAAGACACACCCAUCAGCAUUAAGUACACCUUCACUGGGGAGACAUUCAACACAGACUCUGUGGAUAUCAUUUAUAUGGUUUUAUCCAAAGGAGAGAUUGUUCACAAUGGCUUCACUGAGGCUUCAGUGAAGGGUUCCCAACCGGUCAUCACGGGAGAGGUGUCCUUCAAGCUGCCUGUCAAUCCUGGGAUGGCCCCCUCAGUGCAGGUUCUGGCCUACUGUGUCUUACCCAGUGAGACGGUCCUGGCUGAGAGCAGAACCUUCUCAACUGAGAAGUGCUUCAGAAACAAGGUGUUGGUGCAGUUCUCUCCCCCUAAAGCGGUUCCUGGAGAGAAGAGCUCCCUGCAGCUGUCAGCUCAGCCUGGCUCUCUGUGUGGCCUCAGUGCUGUGGAUCAGAGUAUCUUAAUCCUGGAACCAGGGAAGCGCCUGGAUGCCCAGAAGGUUUUUGGAUUAUUACACUCAUCACACUUGGACUUGAGAGUUCCUCAUGAUUACGAGCCUCCAGAAGAUUGCCUCAAAGUGAGACCCAGACGCUCCUCCGUGCCUUACUACCCGUCACGCCGUUCUGAUGACGGGGUCUUAGCAGUUUUCAAGAAACUGGGACUGAAGACUGCCACUAAUCUGGUCCUACGUGCCCCUGACUGCUUACUGUAUAAGGGGGAAAGAUACCGCAAGGGAGGACACUAUGAACGUAAUUUUCAAGUGAGCUAUUCCAUGGCUGGAUCCGGCUCAUUACAGCCAGAUUCUCCCAGUGAGGAGUUUGGUGUGACUGUGCGUACAGUCUUCCCAGAGACAUGGAUCUGGGACCUUGCAGAGGUCGGAGAGUCUGGAGAAGCACAGGUCCCUCUCACUGUCCCUGACACCAUCACCACCUGGGAGACUGAGGCUUUCUGCCUGUCCCCCCAGGGCUUUGGUCUGGCCCCACCAGUUCAGCUCACAGUUUUCCAGCCCUUCUUCCUGGAGCUCUCCCUGCCAUAUUCCAUCAUCCGUGGAGAGACCUUUGAGCUCAAAGCAACGGUUUUCAACUACCUGCCCAAGUGCAUCAUGGUUACAGUGACUCCAGCCCCUUCAUCAGACUUCACUCUGACCCCCUCCUCUGAUGGCCAGUACUCCUCCUGUCUGUGUGCAAAUGGCAGGAAGACCUUCAAAUGGACACUGGUGCCCUCUGUGCUCGGACUGAUGAAUGUUACCAUGAGUGCAGAGGCCACACAGUCUCAGGCAAUGUGUGGCAAUGAGGUUGUGUCUGUGCCAGAGAAAGGUCGAAUGGACAUUGUAACACGCCCCCUGCUGGUUAAGGCUGAAGGAAGUGAGAAGACUGAAAGUUUCAAUUGGCUCUUAUGUCCAAAGGGGGGCGCUCUAACGGAGGAGGUGGAGCUGAAACUCCCUGCAGCUGUCGUGAAGGGAUCAGCCAGAGCCUCUGUUUCUGUGCUGGGAGACGUCCUGGGUCGUGCUCUGAAGAACAUUGGCAGUCUCCUGAAGAUGCCAUAUGGUUGUGGGGAGCAAAAUAUGGCCAUCCUCUCCCCAAAUAUCUACAUUCUGCAGUACCUACAGAACACUAACCAGCUCACUGCAGACAUCAGGGAGAGGGCCACCAAUUUUCUUAAAAAUGGAUACCAGAGGCAGCUGAACUACAAGCACCGUGAUGGAGCCUACAGCACGUUUGGCGAAGGGGAGGGAAACACAUGGCUGACUGCUUUUGUGUUGAGGUCCUUUGGUAAAGCAAAGUCCUUCACCUACAUUGACCCACACAUUAUUGCAUCUGCCAAGGCUUGGCUUGAAGGAAAACUAAGACCAGAUGGUGUUUUCCAUAUGCAAGGAAAACUUUUCAACAACAGAAUGAAGGGAGGUGUAAACGAUGAUGUAACGAUAACUGCUUAUAUCACUGCAUCGAUGCUGGAGCUGAACAUGACUGUUACGGAAAAAACGCUGACGUUUCUAAAGUCCUCCGUCAGUGACCUCUCCAACACCUACUCCACUGCUCUACUGGCCUACACCUUCAGUCUCGCUGGAGAAGAGGACAUCCAAGCUCAGCUUCUCAAACACUUGGACAGUGUAGCAACCUCUGAUGGGAGUCUCCUGCAUUGGUCUCAGUCCUCAUCAGAGCGAGCUGAUUCCCUGGCGGUGGAGACGAGCUCUUAUGUGCUGUUAGCUGUUCUCAGUAAAACCACACUGACUGCUGCUGACUUAGGGUAUGCUGCCAGGAUUGUCAACUGGCUGGUAAAGCAGCAAAAUCCAUAUGGAGGCUUCUCUUCUACACAGGACACGGUGGUGGCACUGCAGGCUCUGGCUCUGUACGCCACCAAGGUCUUCAGCCCACGUGGAUCCAGCACAGUGACUGUGCAGUCAGCAGGUGGGGACAAACACCAGUUUGACGUGAACCAGCACAACACAUUACUGUACCAGGAGAGGGCGCUGCAGGAUGUUCCUGGGAAGUACAGCGUAGAAGUGAAGGGCUCUGCAUGUGCUUCUGUUGGGGUGGCUCUUUUCUUCAACAUCCCCACUCCCACUGAGCACUCAACCUUGAGUAUUAAGACUCAAGCCAAGCCUCUGACUGAGGCAGAGUGCAACAAGGCCAAUGGACAGGCCUUCAACUUAGACAUCACAGUCCAGUAUGAUGGACCACAGGAGAGCACCAACAUGGCUAUAAUAGAUGUGAAAAUGUUAUCUGGUUUCACACCUGACUCUGCCUCUGUUGAAAAGCUAGAGGGCAGCAUAUUUGUGGACCGAGUCGAUAAGAAAGAUGACCACAUCCUUGUGUAUCUGUCAGAGGUUCCGAAGGGUUUACCUGUCUCCUACCACCUGACCAUCCGACAGGAUCUCCCAGUGAACAACCUGAAGCCAGCAGUGGUCAAGGUGUACGACUACUACCAGACCAGUGACCAAGCUGAGGCAGAGUACUCCUCCCCUUGUGCAUGAGAAGGUGUCCUGAUGUAUUGAAUCUCUGUGUGUGUGUGUGUAUGUGUAUGAACUUUGUUUUGUUUUAAUAACAACAGACAGAAUAACAACAGACAGCUAAAGAAAUAGGGCUAUAAAUGGAAAUUACAUUUCUUUGAAAUAAUCUGUGAAUAAAUGUCAAUUUUAUGACAAA